CUCCAGCCCUCAGCAACUCACUCCAUCCCUCUCAGCAAACCCCCUUACAGCCCUCAGCAAACUUCCCCCCACAGCCCCUAGCAAACCCCAGCUAAAUACAUAUAAAACAUAUAUAUAAUACAGCUCGAUAAGGGCAGCAAACAAAUAGCCAUGCAAUGAGCGCUCCAGCUUUUAGUUUUAAAACAAAUCACGUGACGGUGACGUCUUGCAUCACAUGCGAGGUACGUCAUCUGAGGCCUAAUCGCCGCUUGGAACUUGCAGCGACCGAGGAGACAUGGAGGCGCCGGCGGGAGAAAGCGAGAGAGUGCUCUCAGCAGAGGGGGCUGAUGAAGUCUGUCCUGAAAAAGAUGUGACUGGCUUGUCUGCGAGCAUUAACAGUGGGGAAGCUGAUACUGAAGAGUUAAACAACACCAGGGAAAUUAGUCCAAAUGAUGUGAUUCCCACAGAGAAGGCGAAAGAAGAAACUGAGAAGGACAGUGUGAACUUCUCUCCUGUUGGAAGGGGACCUUCUGGCCAUGCUUCAAAGUCCCUACCUACACCACCUUCGUCUUCUUCUUCACCUAUUUCCAGCAGAGCCAAAAUGUCUUUAACAGGAACUGGCAAACUUCCUCAUGCCACACAAAGCUUGGCAAUGAGACUGCUGAAUAUCACCAGAGAUGGAGCAGACAAGGUGCAUCGUGCUAGGAAAACCAUCCCUCGAGCAGUAAAUGUGCCUGGAGAUGGAGUGCUUAUAGCUGAUGGAGAAAAACAGUGUGUCCGCAGAGAGGGUGAGAUGGAGAAGAGAGACAGCCCAGACUCUACACAGAAAAGAUCUUCACACGUGGCAGAUCUAUCAGCUGACCAAUCCAGAGAAGCCGAGGUCUCCUCGUUGCUCCUUUCCCCUGAGCCUGGUUCUUCCAGACACCCAGUGGGUGGAGAUGCUGAAGAAUGGGAGCCAGAAGUGGGGGCAGAAUUCAGUCUCUUCUAUGAUAGUUUUUCCCUGGAGGAACAAGGAGAUAGUGACAGCAAGGAGGAGGAGGAUGAAGAAGAGGAAGGAUCUGGCAACCAGUCUGAACGGAGCUCAAGCAGCAUGAAGAAAAAGACUAAGAAGAAGUGGAAGAUGGAUAAAGCCUGGCUGAAACCAACAAGGAAAAGGAAACGUAGAGAGAGAGAGAAACCAGUAACAGCCGUCAGUUCCGUGGGGGUAUCAAACAGUGAGUACACAGAGGUGCCUCUGGGAGCCCUGGAUCUACCCAGCGAGGGGACACUGUCUCCCAACCAUGCAGGUGUGUGUAAUGAAACCAGUUCCAUGGAUACGGAAAGGUUUGAAGAGGUUCCCCUCUGUAGCUGCCGCAUGGAGGCUCCAAGUGUAGAGAGAGUGUGCGAGCAGGCCAAUAAUGUUUGUAUGGCAACUGAAAGUGUGGAUGGAGAGCUAAGUGGCUGCAAUGUUCCAAUCACAAAGAGAGAAACAAUGCGUCCAUCCAGCAGGGUCCCUCUUAUGGUCCUUUGUGAGAGCCACCGGGCUAGGAUGGUCACACAUCACUGUUGUCCAGGCUGUGGAUACUUCUGUACUACUGGAACAUUUUUGGAGUGUCAUCCUGAUUUUAGGAUUAAUCAUCGUUUUCACAAGGCUUGUGUCUCCCCAUUAAAUGGAAUCGUUUUCUGUCCCCACUGUGGCGAGGAUGCAUCUGAAGCUGAGCAAAUAACUAUAGCAAAGGCAGAUACUCCAGUGCCCAUACCUGCUCCGCCUCAUCAUGAUAGAGGGGGACCAGGCAGGGCAGAUACUACACAGCCUAGUGCACGUAUGCGUGGUGUGGGUGAGGGGAAGAGAUCUUCUCUGGAAAAUUCUUCUAACGAGGAGCCACAAGGUCCUUCUGUGCUUCUGCAUUCAGGCGUGUAUCUAAGUACUGCAGGUUUACCACCUGGACAUGCUCAUGAUGCUCUUGAAAAGGCCUUACAGUCCCAGGAGACUGACAGUUUAUUGCAGCAGAAAAGAGAUCGUAGGAAAAAAAUUCGGUACAACUCCCGUCAACUAUAUCUUUGUGUGAAACAAGGAGAACUGCAGAAGGUUUUACUAAUGCUCAUGGAUAAUCAGGAUUCCAACUUUUUGAAUGACCAGCAGCUGAAGAGAAGUCCACUCCAUGCAGCUGCUCAGAGGGGCAGUUUGGAGCUGUGCCACAUUUUACUACAGGCUGGUGCCAACAUCAAUGCAACUGAUAAGGUGCUCCGUACUCCUCUUCUGGAGGCCGUUGUAAAUAACCACAUUGAGCUUACCAAGUACUUGGCGCACUGUGGUGCAUGCGUAUAUCACAAGGAGGAGGAUGGUUCAACAUGCCUUCAUCAUGCAGCAAAAAGUGGAAACCUGGAGUUACUUUGUUACCUUCUGUCUACAGGGCAAGUCAAUGUUAAUGCCCAAGAUAACGGUGGAUGGACCCCUAUCAUUUGGGCAGCUGAGCACAAGCACAUUGAUGUGAUUCGUACACUUCUGACAAGGGGAGCAGAUGUCACUCUGAAAGACAAUGAAAAGAACAUCUGCUUGCAUUGGGCAUCCUUUACUGGCAGCGCUGAAAUUGCUGAGGUUCUUCUUAAUGCACAAUGUGAACUUCAUGCUGUAAACUUCCACGGCGAUACCCCUCUGCAUAUUGCUUCACGUGAGGGUUUCAUCCAGUGUGUCAACCUUUUUUUGUCACGAGGGGCUGAUACAGAAAUUCGGAAUAAUGAAGGAGAUACGCCAUGUGACUUGACCCUGGAACAUACAGAUGUGUGGUAUGCCUUGCAGCUAAACCGCAAGAUACGCCAGGGAAUCAACAACAGAGCCGUGAGGACUGAGAGGAUUAUCAGUAGGGACAUUGCUCAUGGAUAUGAGCGUGUCCCAAUCCCUUGUGUAAAUGGAGUGGAUGAGGAGCUUUCUCCAGAUGACUAUAAGUACGUGUCUGAAAACUGUGAGACUUCUGCCAUGAGUAUUGAUCGUAACAUCACUCACCUUCAGAAUUGCAGCUGUCUAGAUGAUUGCUCCUCUAGCAACUGCCUCUGUGGGCAGCUCAGUAUUCGUUGCUGGUAUGAUAAGGAUGGGCGUCUGCUUCAGGAGUUUAACAAAAUUGAACCACCUCUCAUCUUUGAGUGUAACCAGGCUUGUUCUUGUUGGCAGACUUGCAAAAACAGAGUUGUGCAAAGUGGUAUAAAGGUGCGUCUCCAGCUAUACCGCACAGCAAAAAUGGGUUGGGGUGUGAGAGCCUUGCAAGCAAUUCCUCAGGGAACAUUCAUUUGCGAGUAUGUUGGGGAACUGAUCUCUGAUGCUGAAGCUGAUGUAAGAGAAGACGAUUCUUACUUGUUUGAUUUGGACAACAAGGAUGGAGAAGUGUACUGCAUUGAUGCCCGAUAUUAUGGGAAUGUCAGCCGUUUUAUUAAUCACCUUUGUGAGCCAAACUUGAUCCCAGUGCGAGUCUUCAUGUCUCACCAAGAUCUGCGCUUUCCUCGAAUUGCUUUCUUUAGUGGGAGGGAUAUCCGUGCAGGAGAGGAACUAGGCUUUGACUAUGGUGACCGUUUCUGGGACAUUAAGAGUAAGUACUUCACUUGCCAGUGUGGGUCAGAAAGAUGUAAGCACUCUGCCGAAGCCAUCGCCCUGGAGCAGAGCCGCCUUGCCAGGCUUGAAGUUCCGGAUGCAGUGUCUGUGCCAGCAUCAACACCACAAACUGUGUGACUCUCUCCCUACUUCUGCUGGACUCCACUUUCAGUAAACUUGUUUGUUGCUCAUGUAUUUGACUGACCAGAGCACCUCUGUGUAGUCCCCAUUUACAGUGCCUGUAUUGUCACUCCAUUACACCAUGACCAUGAAAAUCCUUUCGGGGUGUUGAUCUAUUGACCCUUCAACAUUCUGACCAUUCUCUUGUAAAUUUACCUGUCUCGUAAGUGGAAAUAAAGACCUUUGCUUCUCUUUUUA